AUGGGCACAAAUGAAGCGGACGAGAAGACCCUGGUGAUCAGUGCUCCGGGAGCUAUUAGCAAGCCUUAUGUUAGUGGUGUUAAGGUUGAUGGUAAGGAAUUGUCUCGGCCGAUACUCCAGCAUUGCGAGCUGGUAGGUGCCAGCCUCAUCGAGUUUGACAUGAGCGAUACACGGGGAUCAUGGGGCACUACCUAG